GACUCGAAACUCUUCUCGUCACCCUCCCCGUCGACGUUACGUACGCAGCCGUGGCGUGCCUGCAAGCCAAAUAACAUGGAGUCCUCUGCCUGGCAUCUUCAAGGGAUCCAUGCAAAACCCCGAGCAGCGAUUUAACGGAGCAACUUUGUCCCUGGGAGCCGUCAAAGCCUCCGGAGAGCAUCGUGUCGGGGCGUAAAAGCUUCAGCUCCGUCCUCAAACUAUGACGAACGGCGCUUAAACAGCCAGCUUUCACUGCGACCCGCACACCAGGCCGAAUUCAGAGAAGAGGAGGCUGCACAAUGUAGGAGAGCUGGUCACCAGUGGGACUCCAUACUGCUCUCUGGGGGGACCAUGGAGCCAGAAGGGCCACCCCGAACCCCAGGGACCAGCUAUGGGCCCCCAGCCUUCGACUCAGCACAAAACCCUGUCACCCCCACCUUCCUCAACUGCACCUUACAGUCCUCACGUUCUCCAAAUGUGAGAGACGGCCUGAUGCCUGCCAAAUGCUCGUGGGGCCACGCUGGAGAUGAGGGCCCCAAGCAGACUGAAGGCCCUCAGCCCAGUGCAGAGCCAGGGAGGAGCGCACAGAGGAGAUUCAGGUCCUCGGCCUUUCCUUCCUCCCUAAGCUGGGACUCUGACUCUGAGAAAGAAACACUAGAUGAGGAGGAGCUACAGCACUUUUCUAACCCUCAUGGUCUGGCUGCUCACAGCCCAGGAUCUCCUUCUUCUGGACUCAGACUUGAUAGUGAAGAUGACCAAGAACCUGAAAAACUGCAGCACUUGCAUAAUAAGACUGACUCGUCUCCCCCUGCGGAGGGGCUCAGCGACAACAACAACACUGAGAGCACAAAGACAGAAGAGCCAAAUACAUCUCAGCUUGGCCAAACAGAGUUGGCAGACAGCAAAGUGUGGAAUGUAUCCGAGGAAGCCGAGCUGUUUCUGUCCAAAGUAAAACCAAAGGAAGGUUGCCAAAUGGAGGAGGAGGAGGAGGCGGACAACAGCGAGGGAGAGAAGAGGCCCAAGGGAAAAGAAACCAAGGAGCCUGAGAGAGAUGUGUACACCUUCCCUGGAGACUCAGACCCGGAGAGUCCCCCUCCUGCCCCCUGGGCUCAUUGCACAUUUAUUCAGCGGUGCAGAAAGAAGAGGGUGCUGCUCAGGCCCUUCUCCGGACUUGGCACCUUGAAGCGAACAUUGCCUGAGACAGGAAAGAGGGCAAGAGUGAGUCCUCAAAAAUCAAAAACCAGUGAGACAGCACAGAGUGGAGGUGGAGGGGUUUAUGAUUUCGAGGAAGUCAGUUUUGGAGAGGCAACAGUGGAGGAGCCGAUAAAGUUCAGAGACAGAGGAGGGAAAAGGGACAAAGAAGAGGAACAAAGUGGGGGAGAGCCAGGCAAACAAAUCUUCACCUGUGUGGAAUGUAGCAUUUACUUCAAAAAGCAGGUCCACCUGCAGGAGCACAUAGUUGAGCACUGUCAGAGCGGUGCAGCGGGGGGCAGGCGUUUAGGAAAGGGCGGCCGCUUUAGGUGUAUCGAGUGUGGGUGGAACCUUUCAAAUCGGCUCGCGCUGGCAGACCACCACAGAAAGCACCAGGAGUCCCGUCUAAAGAUCUUAGAGGAGAUUGAGAAACUGAAUGAAAAUGGGAAGGCAAAAGAGACUGAGAAGCUCAACAGUAAGACGGUGAAGCAUAUAAGCUCAGACCCUGCGAUUAUGCAAGACACAAGCCCAGCCUCGAUUCCAGGCAAAAUGUCAGACCCAGAAAUAGUCACAUCUCCACCUCUUUCCCCAGCCCCAGUUUCAACACCAGACACAGACCCAGCAGUUCUCGACUCAGACGCCACUCCUCCAAAUUCAGUCCGAACUCCAGCUCAGGCCCGAGCUGUUUCCACCUGCCGCCGCCGCUUCGUCUGCACCAAGUGUAACUUCAGCACAAGAACCUCCCAGGCACUGGCUAAUCACACCAAGACCCACAACAGAAAAAAACCCGCUCUCCAGGCUGACUCCCCAUCCCCAGGUUCACCAUCAUGCGUGGCGUCCACCUCCCUGGCCUGCAGUCAUUGUGCCUUCCUGACCUCAAGUCAGACUGUAAUGAGGGAACACCAGAAACUUGUUCACCCAGGACAGGCCUCCGUCAGCGGGGCGCAGGUUGAUGACACUGGCCAGCAUUCAAGGUCUAAUGCGGGUGCUCGAAUUUCAAAACCCCCCACCAUAGAUUCUGACCAUCUCUCUGGGCCUGGAUCUCGAUCCUCACCCGAUGCAACUCAAGGCAAAAGCCAGCAGGGAGUCACUGCCUCUGAGGACAGCACAAAGCCAGACGGAGCCGCAGUUCGGCCCACAAGCCAGGUGGUGUUCAAGUGCACUGGGAACAGGAGAUUUAGCAGAAGAGGGAAGACUUGGACGGAUCUGGCCAAGUUUCUGGAUGAUGACAAGCUGCCCGGGAGUGAAGAGGAAGAGAAGGACAAAGAUGGGAGCACAAAGCUUGACACUGAGCGCUCCCAACGGGAGGCCAACUCACCUGCUGGAGUUAAACCGCACACCAGAGCACGAGCUAACGCAGACGACUGCUCAGCACAGCAGAGUGCUACAUUAUCGCUCCCUCCUGAGAAGAAUGUGAAGGACGAAGACAAGCUGGAAGUGGAGAAAGAUGGAAAGGUUUUCUUUUUGAGGAGGAGCAACCGGGUUACUGCUGCCCCGGCAGAAAUUGACAGUGAUGAUGAUGACGACGACAUUGACGAGGAGCGCGUGCGGCGUUUCCUGUCAGAGGGCAUCUUGGAUGAAGACCCAGACGAGAUUGAUGAGGACUCGGAGGCGCUCAAGAGUGUGGAGAGGAAAUGCCCCUACUGCCCCGAUCGAUUUCAUAAUGGCAUUGGGCUUGCCAAUCACGUGAGAGGCCACCUGAACCGAGUGGGCGUCAGCUACAAUGUGCGUCACUUCAUAUCCCCCGAGGAAGUCAAUGCUAUUGAGAAGAAGUUCUCCUAUCAGAAGAAGAAGAAAAAAGUCGCCAACUUCGACCCGGACACAUUCAGCGUGAUGCACUGCGAGUUCUGUAGCGCAGGCUUCGACACCCGGGCCGGCCUGUCCAGCCAUGCCCGGGCCCACCUCCGCGACUUUGGCAUCACCAACUGGGAUGUUACCAUCUCGCCAAUCCACAUCCUGAGGGAGCUGUUCUCCAGCAGGCCCGAUCUUGUAAUCCCCACGGCUCCCCCUCGGAGCCCCGGGUCCUCACAGGAGGAGGACGAGGAGGAUGAUGAGGAGGAGGUAGAGGAGGAAGGGGAGGGUGUCGUUGAGGUAAAGCUUGAGGGGGAGACAAGUGAGAGGACGCUGAGUGCUGCUGUUUCUGAUGCACUGCCUUCAGCGUCUCCUCAACGCUGCAAGAAGGAGGACGGUGGAGAAGAGAGCGCAGGUGAUGAGGAGGAAGCAGCUGAGGAUGAGGAUGAGGAGGAGCUUCAGCGUCCAGCUCUGGAUGGUGUGAGCUCGAGCCCCGGGAAAACAGGGCUGCGCAGCGUGGACUCAGACAGCCUCUCUCCUGGGGAUGGGGAUGCAGACUCCAAGGUCCACAACCUGAAGUGUGAGGUGUGUAGCGCUCAGUUUGAGACCAGGCGAGGACUCUCCAGCCACGCCCGCUCUCACUUGCGCCAGCUGGGCAUCAGCGUCUCGGAGAGCAGCGGGGCGCCCAUCGAUCUCCUCUACCAGAUUGCCAAGGAGCGCAACAUCGACGGCCAAACCGGCUCAUCUCUUCUGGAGCCACUCCCAGCCAAGAACUCCUCACCGUCUGUUCCUCAGAAAGAUGAGGAGUUAGAAGACAUGGACUUAGACGAGAAGCCCAUCCCUCUCUCCCUCCUGGCCAAAGCAGCGAAAGCGGUGCCACCCUCUUCCUCCUCCACGCCGACACCUUCUCCUGGUGCUUCUCCAGCUCCGCCUCAUUCUGGCUCCCCUUCCGCAGUAGUGAGGAAAGCCCCCAUUUCCUCUCUGCUGCCCGUGUCUUCCCCCUUGCGCUCGCCAGAGCACAAGGCUGGGGGAAUGAAAGGCUUGACCUCUAACCUCUCCGCCCCAGCCACCGUCACAACCAAACCUCUCUGGGCACCACAGGAGAAUGACGCCCCUCUCAACCUCACCCUGGAGGUGGACCCCAACAAGGACAUCGUCUGCCAACUGUGUGGCGCCUGGUUCGAGACUAGGAAGGGCUUGUCCAGCCACGCACGUGCCCACCUGCGGCACUUUGGGGUGGAGUACUCUGAAUCCAAGGGCUCUCCCAUUGACCUCCUGAACCAGCUCAUCGAUACCGACGACUUCAAGCACAAAGCCAGUGUGCUGCAGCUCGACAGCCACGCGGAGCCACGCGGCCUCACGACCACCAUCUCCUCCCCGAAGCAGUCCCUGCUGAGCCUCUCUUCCUCUUCCUCUUCAUCGCUCCUCUACAAGGUGACCACAGCUGGGGGUGGGUCGACAUCCAAAGCUACCUCUUCCUCUGCCUCGUCUUUACUUGGCCCGCCUGCCAAGCGUCUCAAGUCCUCUUCCAUGCGGGUCUUCCGCCUGAGUAGUGGGGAGCUCAUGGCCCUUCCACACAAUGAACCUCCAAAGGAGAUAGGCUGCGAGUUCUGCGGGGAGUAUUUCGAGAACCGUAAAGGCCUCUCCAGCCACGCCCGCUCACACCUGCGCCAGAUGGGCAUCACCGAGUGGUCCGUCAACGGCUCCCCGAUCGACACGCUGAGGGAGAUCAUCUCAAGACGCGGCCUGCCUUGCGCCCUUCCUCUAAAACCUCUCAAAACUCCACCUCCAUCCUCUCCGGGACCCCCUCGCUCACCUCAGCCAACCUCCUCCUCUCCGUCAGCUACCCUCCUCAGCCGUCUGCCCUUCGCCUUCGCCCGCCCCUCCAGUCCUCCUCAGCCCGCGGCGUCUAAAUCAAGCUCGGCUACACCAACAUCUUCCAGCGGGCUGAUCCUCAAGCUGAAGCCGGAGCCGGUGCAGGUGGAGGUCACCACGCCAGGAGCUGCGGGGAGGUCUGCCAGCUUCACUGGUGAAACUGCCAACUGUAGUUGGAGCAGCUCUGACAACGUGUUCCCCCUCAACCUGGCUAUGACCCAUGAAGUGGAGCCGACAAGAGAUAUUCGCUGUGAGUUCUGUGGGGAAUAUUUUGAGAACCGCAAAGGCCUCUCAAGCCACGCCCGCUCCCACCUGCGCCAGAUGGGCAUCACUGAGUGGUCUGUCAACGGCUCGCCCAUCGACACGCUGAGGGAGGUGAUGCACAAAAGAGGCAUGGGCGGCUCCUCUCAAUCAGACCAGGGAGUGAAGAAGGAGUCGAGCCAGGGAGCCAACAGCCCGCCAUGGGAGAACACGGUGGGCAGCGGCAGCUCAGAGGGUUUGGGUGUUUCAGGCUAUCAGUCCUCUAAAUUCCGUAAAUCUCCGCUCAGUUUGCUGCAGUCGGGGUCAAGGCUCCAUAAGCAGGGCCUGGGGUCCACAUCUGCUUCCCCGACUGCAGGGAAGUUUUUCAGGAUGUCCCCACUGGGGAAACGGCCUGUGUCUGCCGAGGCGCAAUCAGCAGAGACCGCCCACUCACCGUCACAUCAGCUCAAGACUUUCUCACCUCAGCCACAUGAUUUCUCCUUCAAAAGAAAACCCUCACCAGACAAGCACGGACACCAGGAUCCCAGUUGCGAGCUGUGCGGCUUCUACUUUGAGAACCGUAAAGCUCUGGCCAGCCACGCGCGAGCCCACCUGAGGCAGUUUGGUGUGACUGAGUGGUGUGUGAAUGGAUCCCCCAUCGAGACGCUUAGCGCCUGGAUGCGCAGCAGGCCGCAGAAGGUGCUGGAGAUGCAUCGCAGCUACAUGCAGGGGAACCGCUCCAACCUCAAGAAGAAGAGCAGCUCACCUCUUACUGCGUCAGCGGAUUCUGAUCAUAUCCUCCCCAUCUCAUCGCAGAAGGCCUCCUCUUCCUCCUCCUCCUCCUCCUCCUCCCAGUGGUCUUCUUCUUUGGCUGUAAGCCUGGUGCGGCCGCUGAGCCGCGAGGUCAGCCAGAGCUCUUCCAAGACCGCCGAGGGUGAAGCCAACCUGCACGCUGCUCUGCUCAGGCCCGGCCGCAGCAGUCCCAGCCCCUCGCCGCUCUCCGGCAGCCUUCCGCUUCAAGCACAGGUGGCACGCAGUGAGCUUAACGUCCGCCUGCCCAGAGGUUUUGAGCGUCGGCCCUUGAAACACCCGUCUUGCCCAGAUGGAACAGAGAGCCCUCCUAAACCCCCGCGCACAGGCACCGUCCCCGCCCUGGUGCCCAAACCACCAUCUUACCCACUGGUCAAACUGGUGGGAAAGUUCUACACCCUGAAGUGCCGGUUCUGCGAGGUGGAGUUUCACGGCCCGCUUUCGGUGCAGGAGGACUGGAUCAGACACCUCCAGCAGCACAUCCUCAAGAUGAACUACAACAAGCCUGCUGCACCCAAAGCAGCCUCUGCUGAACCCCCUGCCGAUGACCCAGCCCCGGUCCAGGCCUCUGCCCCAGCCUCCACCUCCACCUCUACCUCCAGUACCACCUCCACCACGCCUGCCCUCACCUCCACCCCGACCCGCUCCCCUACGCCUCCAGUGGCCAAGUGUGCUCCACCUGUCACUGCCACAGAGAUCGUAAAGGUCUCAGAGGAGAAGUCCACCCUGUCUCCGACCUCUAUCCCCGUCCCCACCCAGACAGUGUAAGCUCAUCGCUGUCAUUUAGCCCUGUUUGUUUCUUCCUGCCUUUAGAGUAUCUUUUUGUCCAUCCGUUUCUUUCCUUCGGCCUUCACAAAGUGUUGCUGAGGAGGAGUGUUUCCCCUCCAAAGAGCCCUCUGAGCCCCAAGCACCUUUGAAGCAGCUUUCUAGACUGUUACUAAGUCCCGUUACCAUGGGAACGAAGCUCUCCUGGCUUAUCUGCGCACCGGGGAUGGGCGAUUGUUGGUAGUGUCAGAGGUUAGCAGGAGAGACGAGCUAAUGUUUUGGGUUUGCCUUGUUUAUACUGAAUGUCCAGGUGUUGACGCGGACCGUUGCUGUACCUCUCCUGCCAUUCACUGGGUGAUUUAGGGGUUAAUGUAGCCCUUUAUCAAACUUCAGCCCCCCUCCUGUCUACUGCAGCUUCGCCCCCCUUUCCCUUUAUGAACAGUGUGUUACUGAGAGCGGUGAGGCUCUGACCACGCUGCUGGCCUCAGCCUCUCACCCAAAGGUCCUGACUGAGAUUAAAUGACGUUUAUAAUCUUGCUAGUCAAGUGGCUGAGACGUAAAACACGUGUUAACACGUGGUGUUAAAAGAGGCACUUUCAAUGUCGACACUGACACUUAGCACUUAACUGAAACUGAAACGCCCUGUUGAACGGGCAAAAGACUAAAGCCUGAUUUAUGGCAAAGCGCUCGACUCUUUUGGUGAGUGUUGCUUGACAGAAAUGAAACAUUAUUUUCAAUUUUUGCAUCAGUGUGUAGGAUUUAAGGAGAGAUAUUGGCAGAAAAGGAAGAAAAUAAGUACAUUUCCUUUAGUGUAUAAUCAUCUGAAAACAAGAAUCAUUGUGUUUUCGUUACCAUAGAAUCAGCCGUUUAUAUCAGCGUAGGCAGUGUUGGAGAGUAACUAGCUACAUGUCAUUAAAUUACAAAAUAAAUUUAAUUGUAAUUAGUUAUAGCUACUGACAAAAAUGCAAUUAAAUUACAGUUAAAAUACUGGUGAUUAUAAAGGGUUACAUUCAAAUAAUUUAUUUCAGUUACUACACGGUUUAUCAAAGAAAUUGGAACAAAUUUGAGUGCGACAUUUCUGCACUGAUGAUUUCUAUUGCCAAGUCAAAACUUUUGUUAGAAAAGUACUCAAAAAGUAAUCAAAUGUAAUAAGUUACAUUAUUUGGAUGACGUGAUUAAAUUAGUGACAUUACUUAUCACAACUUGAACAGGGUAACUAGUAAUCUGUAACCUAUUACAUUUCAAAAGUAACCGCCCCCAACACUUGAACAUAGGGAGCAGGUCCAUGUCUAUGGAGAUCACCAUGUUGCACCGCCAUGUUUCUACAGUAGCCCAGAACAGACAAACCAAACACUGUCUCUAGAGAGCGCCAUUUGCAUUCUCGCGUCGGCCACCAUAGUUAGCAGCCCCUCCACGACAAAAGUGUCGGAGAAACACAGAUUUACAACAUUGCACUGUUUUAUUCAGCGUUUGUACCAGGUCCAAUUUAACCUCUAUGGAUAAUUAAGCUCCCAGUAAAAACACCCUGAGCAAUGAACACUGAAGGAAUUCUACUCGUUAGAAGUUUCAGCUGGUUGCAAUCUGCAGUCGUCACCAUUUGAUGCCACUAAAUCUCUCUUUAUAUUACUCACUUGACCUUGUAUGGAGUCACAUUAUAUCCGUCAUGCAGUGCUAUGCAGCCCAAAAAUACUUUUUUCAGAAACUUGCGGUGGAAAAAAGACAUCUGUAAACAUUUAUUUUUGAGCAUCCCAAUCCCCACAGAAUUACUCAGUUCACAAUCAGAAUUUGAUCCAUUCAGUCUGAUAGCAUUUGGAAAAUCUAAAAGAGCUGCACAAUUGAAUCAUUUUAUCCCUAUUCAAGUUGGCAGAGCACUAAACUGGAAGUAGUUGGCUCAGCUGGCACAAGUCUCUCAUGCAGUGGUUCCCAACAGGUCCAGCCAUGGGUCCACAUUUCUCGUCAGUCAUCAGUUCAAGGUCCACACAGUUAAAUAUAUUCAGCAUGUUUGGCCAUGUCGUCGAGCUAGUUUGCCGUUUGUCACUUACUCUACAGCAGGAAACGGCUCUUUAAAAUAAAAGCUCUGCGCCAGAAAUUCACUUUACAUCCAGAUAGUUUGUUUUUUAGGAACUUGACACAUGUGUGAGUCACUUGCAGUCCAUUUAGAAUGGGACCGCGACCCACUGGUUGGGAACCACCAACUCUUUGGUCCACACAGUGCAGAAGUAGUGCCAAUAAUCCGGGUUAUUUUAUACCCUGAGUAAAGUCUUGAACGCAAGUAGAAGCUGGAUUUUUUUUUGGCUUAGAGUACCACUGAGAAACUCAGAGGGAUGACAGGGGUCCUGCCUCCAGCUCUCUUUAUACAUGCAUGUUGAGAACUACUGUCGCCAUGUCGUCAGUCACACUUCAUGACAAAGUAUGACAUUGUCCAUGUGAUAACACAAUUCUCCAGGUGCAACUUGAAAGGAAAAGUUCAUAAUUUCUGUCAAGCAACAGUCAUCAAAAGCGUGGAGUGCCCAACCAUAAACCAGGCUUAAAUCCAAUUGGUUUAAGGAGCAAGAAGUGGAAGCACACCCAAAAAGGGAACCCCCCCCUUGUUAACUUUAUAAUGUAAUUCUCUUCCCCAAAUACACAUUAUGCUUGAAUGUAGCUUAAAGCACUUAUUAAAAACUUAUAUGCACACAGUCAUACAAUCAAACAUAAGCCCCAUGUUACCGUACCAUUGAUAGUUUUACCUUUCAUGAUGUUGCAGCUCCACAGCGCGCUGCUUUCAGCUGCUGAAGGCACAAUUGCUUUUGAAUCUCCCUGUCUGGAUCGGAGCAGCAGGGCCAUAGAAAACGUUCAAAGUUACACUUCUAUAGUUCUUUUUUCUUCCAUUCAAAGUGUUGCCAUUUCUUUCCUGCCUUUUUCAAUUCAACCCGAGUUAUUAUUUAUUUAUUAUUAUGCAUCUGAAUGUGGUAAGCUAGGUCAUUUUAAAGCUAAAGUAGAGCUCUGGAAUGUUUGAAAAUAGGUCAGCGGUGCACUUUGACACGAGUGCACAAUGUGUGUGUGUGUGUGUGUGUUUGUAUGUUUGUGUACAGACAUAGCAAAUGUGCAUUUGUUUCCCAUUUUUAAAGAGAAAGAUGGAAGUAAACCCGCUUGAUAGGAAGACGCCUCCUGUGCUUAACGUGGACUAAAUGUGGGAGCCUGUCUGUACGUGGUCUGACCAGGACUUUAACUGCAUCCGUCGUCGUGUUAGGAUGUGCCAAAGAGUCUGUUUACUUCCUUGUCUUGCCUCUGUAAAAGCUGUUUACAUUGGACCUGAUGGUGGAGGAAACUCUGCACAGCUAUCGAGUUCCCCAAGGCUCCACGCUGAACAAUGGACUGAACCGGCGGCGGUCCACCACAAGCACCCGCCGAGAAAAAGAAGACUCGGGCUACUGGAGCGGCUCCAUGUUGUUACUGUAGGGUUAGAUUAUUCCAAUUAAACAUGAACACAAACCAAACUUGAUUUCAAGCGGGGCUCUUGAGAACUGCCAGCCCUCUAACGAACACCGUGCGACCUCGGGCUCCUGAAGUCUGCGGUCGGUUUUCUUUCUACACUGCUUCAGAGUGCGUUCAUAUCAAGCCAGAGCUGAAGCAAUAACUAAAGGGUCCACGUAGGCUGGCGACCUUUUAGAGUUUGUUGCCCAUGUUUGAAACAUGACUGUUCGAUCCAAACGAAACCCUUUUAUGGAGUAUAGAUAACAUACUAUAUAACUACAUGUACUUAAGAAGCUGUUGAUGCUAGUAGAGCUAUCAGCAGUUCUAUUAGCGAGGUAGUUAAAAAAAAAUAAGUGAUCUUAAUUCCUCUAUCGUGAUUUGAUUUCAACCUUUGAUGCUAUGUAUUUUUUAUUGCUCUGUGCAUUUCUGUAUUUGCAGUCCCGCAAGGUGAAUCUUUAGAGUAUUUUUUAUUUCUAUCUGUUAGUCUCUCCAAGCUGAAACUUUGGUGCUGGUGAGAAUGUCGCAGGUCGAGGAGCUGGCGAGUGUCUGAGCGUGAGGAAGACAUUUUAAUGUGAUUGUCACGUCCUGGUAUCAAAGGACUCUAAUAAGCAGGCCUUAAAGGGGACCAGUGUGCAUGCUGAGAUAUGAGAUAUGAUCCUCUCCUGUGCUCACAGACGCCGGAACCUCUGUGGCUUCGUCACUGUGUGAGACGCAGGCGGGUGCAUCAGAGUCCCCUUUAAGAUCAACCUGAACAAGCCUCAGCUGGUGUAACCAGCUGCUUCGUGUGUGUGUGUGUGUGUGUGUGUGUGCGUGCGUGCGUGUGUGCGUGUUCAUGUGAGUGUGUGUAAAAAGACGGUGAGAUGACAAUGAUUAAAAAGAAAAAAGAUGCAGUCGAGGAAAGAACUGUACUGUACACAAAGGGUUAAGUUUUAAGUGAAUCAACUCCAGAACAAACAAUAAAUGUGAUUUCAAUUUCAGACACUGAAA